AUGAACGAAACUCUCCCUCCCUCCUCCUGUGUCUCCUCCUCCAUGCACCCCCCUCACCUCCUCCCAGUCACCCCGAUAAGCACGCACUCCGCUCGGCCUCAGUCAGACCCAAGUCCCGCUGAAGGAAGGACCAAGGCUCGGCAGGAGGAAGGAGCUGGAAUGGCGUCGCGUCUCCUCAGCGCGUUUCUCCUGGCGUUUCUCUGCGCGUUCGGGACCGCGACUUCGGGAAACAAGAUGAGCAACCAGGACAGAUGCACACUCAGGGUAGCCGAGCACUUCCUGUCUUUUGUCCCGGGGCGUUUUGAAGUGUUAAAUCCAGCACACUCGGCUGCCCGCAGAGUUUAG